AUGGAGAGGGCGCUGAACCUAGCGGAGGAGGACCUGUUCCAUAAGAGUCUCAGCGUGUCCGCUAAGAGGAUGGAGUCAGCCUUUCGCUCCCCCCCGGGUCUGGACUUGUCCCAGCCGGGAGAUCGCUCGCCUUUACAUUGCUUUGACGGAGCCGACCCCUCCGAUCUCCUGCGCCACCACCAGAGCUCCGGUGCCUCGCUUGCAGCGGGUGGAGGGAUGUUAGGGGCAGUGGGGGAUCCUCUGGCGUUAGCCGCCGCCAGCAUGAGCAUGUGCGCCAAGUACGGGGAGAGCACCGGCAGGGUAUCGGUGGCGGAAAGCAGCGGGGGAGAGGACCAGAGCCCGGACGAUGACAGUGACGGGCGCUGCGAUCUGGUGCUCAGGACGACAGACCACAGGGCCUCCCAGCCUGGCAUGAAGUCCGACAUGCCCUGCGGUCCCACUUCAGGCAAGAAGUCUAAAGAGCAAAAAGCCUUGAGGCUGAACAUCAACGCCCGGGAGAGGAGGCGCAUGCACGACCUGAACGAUGCCCUGGACGAGCUGCGAGCUGUCAUCCCCUAUGCCCACAGCCCCUCGGUCAGGAAACUCUCUAAGAUUGCCACCCUGCUCCUGGCCAAGAACUACAUCCUCAUGCAAGCCCAAGCGCUGGAGGAGAUGAGGAGGCUGGUGGCUUACCUCAACCAAGGCCAAGCUAUCUCUGCUGCCUCUAUACCCAACCCUGCUGCUGCUGCCGCUGCCGCCGCCGCCGCUGCUGCAGCCCUGCACCCUGCACUGGGCGCCUAUGAGCAGGCGGCUGCCAGCGCUGCCUACCCCUUCAGCACCGGGCUCCAAGCUGCCAGCUCCUGCCCAGACAAAUGUGCCCUCUUCAACAGCGUCUCUUCCAGUCUGUGCAAGCAGUGUACAGACAAGCCUUAGCCUUAGAGAGAGAGCCCU